AAAUCGUUGGAUCCACUUCUGGAGCGCCUCACAAUGCUGGAAAAUAAUUUCACAUUACUUUUAUCACGUGCCGAAAUCGAGCCAUAUGCAUCGCUGGACGAUGCGCUGAAUGCGCCUAGUCGAUUCAGCCGCCCAAUUGACGUGAAGAUGACAGAUCCAGUAGUAACGCCGAAGCCAGCCAAGCACAAGCACAAAAUGCCAUUCUGGAGAUCGCGCAUCAUUGCGUUAUACAUCGACUGGGCCAAAACUUUUCCCGUUUUCAAAAAGUUGCCCCAUUCUGAUAAGGUGGCACUAAUAACGAAUCAUGCCAGUUCAUUUAUGAUAAUGUGCGAAACAUUCCGUACGCCGGAACACGUAAGCGAUAAAAUUGUGCAUCCGGAUGGCCCAUACUUUUCUCGCUAUCCACCUUCGGAGAGCUUAUUCUUCAAGAACCUAAGUGGUUUAACGCCGGUGAUGGUCGCAAUGAUUGACUAUGUAAUGCAACCCUUCCGACGUCUCCAUAUUUCCACCACGGAAUUUGCAGCCCUCCAAGCAGUCAUGUUUUUUGAUCCAGAUACGGAUGGUCUGGACUCAGCGAGUCAACGUAAUGUUGCGGCCGAGCAGAAGAAGCUUCUCACAGCGUUAUAUCGCCAUAUUUGUUGCAGCUACGGGCAGACUGAUGCAAGUGAUCGCUUUGCUGCUAUUUUGCUGCGAAUUCCUACAAUCAGAAAAGUGGCUGCGAAGAAGAAUGAAUCGUUGCAAAUAAUUGACAUGUUCAACUCGUUUAGCCUGAACUCGCUGGUAAAGGAAACAGCACUGGGCGUCAAGGUAACAGAUAGCUUUGCAGAAGCAAACGUCGCUUCAACCGCAACAAAUGGUUUCAUUUGA